AUGCCGUCAAUUUCUGUUCACACUAGCCAAUGCUUUCUAAAUCAAUUGCCCACUUUCUCUGGUAUUUCAGUGUUUGCUUUGGAUCGCCUGUUCGAAGAGUAUGCACCUGUUCGUCAAACUAGCCUCAGUUCACCGCAGAAAAUAUCUGCACCAGAAACAUCAACGGAUGAUUUUGCUCGAGUGAUUUACGCACUGGGAGAGGGGGAUGAUCAAAGGUCGUUGGCCGCUCGUUCACGGACCCAAAGUGAACAUCAAGUGAACACAACAGCAACUUAUCUCGAAACAUGGGAAGCCCUCAGUUCCCAUGAAAAUCCGUUCAACCGUCCACCCGUUCCUCAUAGCCUCGUUGUUGAACAGCAUUGGGAAUUGUUCCAAGCAAUAAACCGAAGAGCUCCGAGGAGAUUCCAGUGCCCCUAUUGUGGGAAUGUGUAUGUACGCGAACGCGCCCUAAAGGCACAUCUUCGCACAUGCAAGGCAAAUGGAUGUACUGCCUCAUAUUUCAGUGUGAAAACAUCACAAACGGGAGAUUCAGCUGGGUUCCAGGACCGCGAUCUACAUGUCGUGUUGAAGCCCUACAACGAAGUUGCCUACAACUUGGCCCAUCGCCAAAUAAAAUUCCACCUGGACUCCUAUAAACAGAACAGACCAGGUAAACUGUUGGAAUUUUUGGAGUCUUCGCGUUUGGCACGGCUACUCAUCCUUAUUUUUGGUUGCUCGCUCAUCCCUGGAUGGGUGUUAAUACUGACGCUCUGGAGCCUGCCAGCCGAUGAGUUUCACGUCGGCGAUGGACUUCCAAAAAUAUACACCGGAGUUGCCUGGGAGCACUGGCAAAACAAAUCGGAUUACUGUUGGGGGCGGUUAAAGGAUGUUCUUGGCGAAUGUUUCCCGGGGUUGACAAGCGCUUUCUUCGCUACGUGA